AUCGUUUUGUUUGCAUCUUUUAUCUGUAAUUAUUAAUGAUUCGGCCAUUACCAUUGAGGAUACUUUAGUUUGUAGGUUAAUUUAAGAAAUAGGACGCGAAGUGAGUGAAAAUAAAUCGGUAAUUUAUAGCCAAAAAAAAAUAUAUAUAGUGAAAAAAGUUGAAAAAUAUAUAUAUAUAUAUAUAUAUAUUAGUUAUGGCUGAUAACGAAGACUUGGGUUUAGGUGACGAUCACAUAGAUUCCUUUGACGAAACAAACGGAAUGCACGACGAAAACAUAUUAAACGAUACAGAUGGAGAUGGUACAGCCGCAGACGAUCCCGAAUUGGAAGCUAUUAAAGCGAGGGUGCGCGAAAUGGAAGAAGAAGCCGAAAAAUUGAAGCAACUCCAGAGCGAAGUUGAUAAACAGAUGAAUAUGGGUAGUCCCCCUGGUCUUACAAGUCCCCUUAAUAUGUCGUUAGAAGAAAAGAUGGACGUGGAUAAUCGCAGUAUUUACGUAGGAAACGUCGAUUAUGGGGCAACUGCUGAAGAAUUAGAAGCGCAUUUUCACGGGUGCGGUUCGAUUAAUCGCGUUACUAUUCUUUGCAACAAAUAUGAUGGUCAUCCUAAGGGUUUCGCUUAUAUCGAGUUUGGUGAUAGGGAUUCCUUACAAACGGCUAUGGCUAUGGACGAAUCCUUAUUUAGAGGCAGGCAAAUCAAGGUGAUGCCGAAAAGGACUAACCGACCGGGUAUUUCGACGACGAAUCGACCGCCGAGGGGUCGGGCGUCUUUUAGAGGGAGUCGCGGUGUUUCAACUCGAGGUUUUUAUUCCGGAUACAGACCCACUCGUAGACCAAGGUAUUUAUAUUUCUUCAAACAACUUAGAAACAACAAAAUUUUUAUAUUUGCACAAUUCCGAGAAUAUUUUUUGUUUUUUUUUAUAUUUUUGGUUUAUGCAUUUGAAAUAUAGGAAAUUAUCCAUUAAUGAUGCGAGGAGCCGUACAUUUCGACUGAAAAUAUAUAGAUAAUCUUUUUUUUUUUUUUGAAAACCGCUUUAUAUCUUGUAAAUAUACUUAAAACCAUGUUUCUAAUAGCAUCUGGAUCGUGUGUUGCUCCCAGUUUUAAUGGAAAUUGUUUUUAAUGAAGGUUUUGACCUUGCAAUUUGUAUCGUUUAACACAUAUUCAAUGCGGUUAGUGUCUGGAUGAAUUACGGGCUCACUUGGAGUUGUAAUUUCCUGACGGUACGUUCAGGCUGAAUUAGGAAUCAUUUCAUCUUCUGUCAACCUAUUUCUUGAAAAAGAGAGACGUUUUUAUGCAUAAAAAUGCAAAAAUUUAUUUGGUUAUUCUUUGUCCUAUGUCAGCUUAGCCCAGUUUGAGAUUAUUAUCUGGAUUACUCGUGUGCAGAGCUAGAGUUGCAAUUUCUACUUCCCGGUGGUAAUUUUGUACCAUUUUAGCUACUCGUGGAUGUUCUUUUAUGAACCAAGCAACCCUAAGACAACUAAUUUGUGUAUCGCUUACUAAUUUCUGACUUCUUGGGUGACAUUAAAUGUAAAUUGGUUGAAUUUUCACUGGUUCAGGCUAAAUAGGGAAUAAAUUCAAUUUUUACCAAACCAUUGUUGCACGAAGAGACUUCUUAAUGCUUGCAAAUGCAAAAAUGCAGGUUGGAUAUGGAAUAAAUUCAAUUUUUUGGCAUAAAGAGACUUCUAAUGCUUCCUUGGUUGAUUUUAAGAUGGAAAUGAAUCAAAAUUUGAUUAGAUUAAACUGAAUGGGGAAUGAAAUUAGUUUUUACCGACCAUUUUUGCAUAUAGAGACUUCGUAAUGCGUGCAAAUGCAAAAAGGAUUAGGUAAUUUUGUUUUUUUUUUUUUCUUAUGGUAGCUAUGUCUGGAUGUUAUUUGGUUGUAACCAGUUUCCCUGAAGUUUUUCUUGUGUUCAGGACAUGGUACACUGUGUCGGUUCGUGUCAAAAAGCCAUGAAACAAUUUCAUGACAAAAUAUAUUCAAUUCAUUAGAAAGAUAAUCGAUUUUAGUAAAUUCACUAAGAUAUAUUGACAACCGAAGUGGUCUAGGUGGUUUCCUAUGAUUCUGCGGGUGACUGGAUAGAAAUAUAUACAAAUUUUGAUGGUUAUAAUUGAUUUUUUUUUUUUUUUAAACCCUAUUGAUGUUCAUACUACUACCACUACUAACAAUUGAAUUACUUUUUGGUCCUUCGAGCCGUAUACUCGACUCGGGGGACCAGAAAGUGUAAUUUAUGGUAAAACAGUGUGUUUAGAAUGUACUAAAUUUGGUAAAAUAAAAAAUAUUUUAGGUUUAUUGUAGCACUAAUUUUUUUUUGUGAAUGUUGUUUCUAUUUUGUUGUUAUUAUUUAUAGCGUUAUUUUAAUGGACUGAUCUCUACGUUUUUAGGGGCUUUAGGAGAGGAUAUUUUGCUCCAUAUUAAUUCGUAUUCAAAAAAAAAUACACACACACCCUCAUUGUUUUUUUUUAUUUUGUUAAACAAAUAUACACGAAAAAAAUUGAAAAAAAAGCGCGAAAGAAGAAAAAAAAAACUUUUAAGUGAAAAUUAGUGUUUAAUUUGCUAAAUUUUGAUUUAAGGAGGGUGGUGAACGUUUAUUUUUCAUUUUAAUAUUUAAAUAAAUUUCCAGGUAUCUUGGAAAUUUGUUUUGGGUAAAAAAAUUUAAUCUAAAAGAAUAUUAAGAAGAUGUAAAGAAUUAAAUGUAAGGUAAACAAUAAAAUGAUAAUAUUCGAUAA